UCCGGUUUGGGCAGUGAAUGGGGGAAGUACGGGUGCUGCAGAAUUUAUGGGCUGCCAAUAUGGAUUUGCAAGUACAUCCGGAAGGAUACUAGGGGCUUUAUGGGCCUGUGUGUGUGAAUUUUUCGUGGCUGAGGGACAAUACUUGUGUUCGCCACCGCACCAGCUUGUACUGCACUUAUGGGACUUGCCACGUCGCCAAGUCAUACUGCAGUGCUGGUAUAUGAAAGACCCAGGAUGUACUAGGCCACUAGUACUCGCCAGCUCACCAAAAGGUAGUGCGGCACUAGUACUGGCACCCUGCUGCAUAUGAGAGUCAUCA